AUGCGAAAUCUAGCUGCCCCACGGAACACAAAAGACAGCAGCUCCGUCGGCAGAAUGCCUGUCGACAAGAACAACAACAACAAUCAUGCAUCCUCACGCCAGACGCCCCAGAUGCCCACCUUGGCCAAGGGCCUCGCCGCCCGCGCUCCUCUCACUCCCAAGGUGGCAUCCAGGCAGACCGUCACCGUCGCCACACCGCUUCCAAGACGAGCGCCGCGCCCCGAGUCCGCCCUCAGCAAUGGCCCCACGAUAGCGACAGCAACAACCCCCAACAACAACAACAGCACCUCUCAGCGCGACGACUUCGCCACGCCAGUGUCCACCUUUCUGAACAGCAAUGUGACGCCCCGAUCUGGCUCCAGACAGACCCGAGUCGACAGCGCCAACAGCACCCCAACUGGUACGCCAAACUUGAGCAAAUCGGACUCGUGGGACACACGGCCUGGCCUGGGCAUAUCUGGUGCCGGCGGAGAUGGCGAUGCACUGCGGCGCCCGGCCGUUACGUUCAGCCCGCCCCCGUCGGACUGGAGACAGGAGCAGCAGAGCUCGGCAGACUCCAAAUUCUUCUAUGCGAGCGACGCCAAGUCUUCUCAGCAAGCUGCCCUGCCCAAAAACCCGGUCGCGCAGACAAAGACACCCACCUUCUUCUACGCAAAUGGAGAGAACCUUCCCAGCAACAGGGCACCCCCUGCUCCCUCGGUAUACACACCUACCCUCGGCACUCCCGUGCCAGACGCUUUCGCGAGCAAGUUUGUCUAUGCGAAUGGCCCGCCCGAUCUACAACCCACCAUCAAGGCCUCAGGCCCAGGCUCCGUGGCGUCGUCAGGGUCUAGGCUGAGCAAUGGUCGUCUAGGACCUGGGACGCAAUCUCCAGCUUCCAUGAUGCAACGGCCUGCUUCGCCAGUGAAAAUGCCAUCAUAUCCCACCACCAAAUCAUCAACUCCUUCUCUAGUGGGUGGCAGCAGAACAGCCAUGUCCUCUGCGCCUCAGCUGGCCCCGGCAAAUCCAGCGCUCAGACGAAUGAGCGUGGAAACACCCUCCCGGGUUGGUGGUCAUUCACGGGCUGGCAGUAUCAACACAGUCGAGCCUUUGGCCGGGAUGCGAAUUCCCUCAAAUAGCUCAUCCGACAUCUCAUCACCAUCAGUGCUCGCCAACCCGGCCUUGACCAUGGCUUCCAUUCUUCAGGCCGCCGAAGACUUUGCUGAGCAUGAUGAUGGGUCGCCUGAUACGCUUGCCAGUCCUACGAAGUCAACGCAUGGUAGUGACCCUUUGAAUGAGCUGGUUGCUAAUGCAAGGCGAGAGAGGAAGGUACAGGAUCUUGAAAUUACGAAUGCAUCACUUGAAGCCAUCAAUAGAACGUUGGAGAGGCAACUGAGGAAGCAGACCGCAGAGCUGAGGCGCUACCGCAGGCUUUCACGAUCCGGCCGCCUAUCACUCAACUCCGUAGGCUCUGUUCGCAGUCGCAUUCCAUCUGAUUCUACUAUCGGGGAGGUCCCCCUUGUCAUGGACAGUCUAGACCUCUCAGAUCUUAGUGAGGAAGAAUCAGAGCCAGAGGAUGAUGAACUGGACGAGACCGAUUCAGAAGGAUCAGACUCCGGGUCGGCGCAGCUUAGCCCGAAUGCAGUUGCGGCGAGAGAUGCGCGUCACAGAAAGCGUGACGAGAAGAGAUUGCAGCUUGAUCUCUCCAAACACCAAGAACUCUUGAUAGACAGCCAGAAGAUUAACCAGAGCUUGAAGAGGUGCCUUGGGCUCACGGAAGAGUUGAUCAAGGACGGCAAGCGAGCUCUUGAGUAUCAAGUAAGAGUUAGCGAGGUCGAGAUAGGCGGCCGAGUAUUGGCACCCCCUGACGAAGAUGAUGGAUCUUCUGCAGAUAGCGACGCUCCUUUUGAAGAUGAAGCCAGCCGUACCGACGAUGACGACACUCAGCGGAUACAACUGGACGAGCCUUCGGCUGGAGGAAACUUGGCUGUUUGGAGCAAGGACCCACAGGAUCGGGAUAGCGGUAUUGAGCUACCUCGAGAUGGCGUUUGA